UUAAAAUGAACAAAUUACCUUAUUAACCUUUGGGUUUUGUAUUAAAAUUUGAUCCACCCAUUAUUGGAUUGUUAUAUCAUCCUGUAGAGAAUAAGAAAGUGAAUAAGAAAAAGAAGAAGUGUUAUGCUAUUCAUUUGAAUAAUUUGAUCUUUUUAGUUGAACCUGAAGAUAUUGUAGAGGCAUUGUUUAAUGAGCAUCAAGAAUUCCUAGAUCCUGAUGUUGUCAAACCACAACAAGUACAUUUGAUCACUUAAAAAGGUCUAUAAAUUGGUGUUGCGAUUAGUUGCUUAUAGAGAUCAUUAGUUAAGAAAUAUGUAAGAAAUGGGUGAAGAUAUGGGUACUCUUAUUUCACAUAAUUAAAGCUGACGGCUAUUAUGAAGAAGAAGAAGAAGAGCCAGUACAAUAGCCUAAAGGUAAAGGAGGGAAAGCAUAAGCAUAAUAACGAAGAACUAAUGAUAAUAAUAGAUCAUUUUGAUUUUUUAUAUUAUAACGAUAAUUACAAU